CCGGAGACAUAUUUUAUAAUAGAGACUACACUUCAAUAUUUAUCGUCAGUCACAGAAAAUUUACAACAGAACUCGGCAAAAUCUGCAUACUUCAGUUCGCAGAUAACCAAUCAACCUCCUGCGUGCCAUGUGUUUUUCCAUUGCAAUCGUUGUCAGAAGUGAAAUCGAGUAGGACUGGAUAUCACGGAAGUACGAAAAAAUGGCAAGUUCGUCACGACAUUAUACAAACAAAGUUUGCUGUUAUGCACAUCCAGAUGCUCCACUCAUAGAAGACUAUAGAGCUGGUGAUCAAAUUUGUUCAGAAUGUGGACUAGUUGUUGGUGAUAGAGUAAUAGAUGUAGGUUCAGAAUGGAGAACAUUUAGCAAUGAGAAAUCAGGAGUAGAUCCAUCACGUGUUGGUGGCCCAGAAAAUCCACUUCUGAGUGGUUCAGACUUAUCCACAAUGAUUGGGCCAGGGACUGGAGCUGCAUCUUUUGAUGGUUUUGGUACUGCUAAAUAUCAAAAUCGUCGUACAAUGAGUAGUUCUGAUAGAGCUCUGGUGAAUGCGUUUCGUGAAAUCAAUGGUAUGGCAGAUCGUAUUAAUUUACCUAAAACCAUUGUGGACAGAGCCAAUACACUUUUCAAACAAGUGCACGAUGGCAAGAAUUUGAAGGGUCGUGCGAACGACGCAAUUGCAUCGGCCUGUUUGUACAUUGCAUGUAGACAGGAGGGAGUACCACGUACUUUCAAAGAAAUUUGUGCUGUCAGCAAAAUCAGCAAGAAGGAGAUUGGUCGGUGCUUCAAGUUAAUUCUUAAGGCACUUGAGACCAGUGUGGACCUUAUCACUACUGGUGACUUCAUGUCCAGAUUUUGCUCCAAUCUCGGACUACCAAAUAUGGUACAGCGAGCUGCAACACAUAUCGCCAGGAAAGCAGUGGAGAUCGACAUUGUACCGGGCAGAUCACCCAUUUCAGUCGCUGCUGCUGCUAUAUAUAUGGCUUCCCAAGCAUCGGAAGAUAAGAGGUCGCAGAAGGAGAUCGGCGAUAUCGCUGGUGUCGCAGAUGUCACAAUUCGGCAGUCGUAUAAGUUAAUGUAUCCGCAUGCGUGCAAGCUUUUCCCUGAAGACUUCAAAUUCGCCACGCCCAUUGAUCAGUUGCCACAGAUGUAGAGUUUGAAAAGAGCAUUAUCCUUCUCUUUACUCUAUCGUCCUCGAGAUAUAUCCGAUCUUAUGAAAGGAAUGGUUUUCCGUCAUUAGUAACCGAGUUACUUAAUUCAAAUACUUUAUCCAUAGGAUACAUUCCUAAAUAUUGUAUGUUAUUCAAAUUUAUAUUUAUCUAUUUCAUCCAUUUCCUUCAAUUUCUUACAAAUAUUAGUAAAUUCUUUCAGUUAAAUUUCAUUGUUCCUGGGAAACAUUGUUAUAUAGAGAUGAAACGUUGUAUGUAAACGAGUAUGUAACGCUUAUAUUUUAUAUCUAACUGUAUAAACAUAAUUGUCUUACAUGAUAUAUUUUUCUUAUAUAGAGUUUUACUUGGUUUCACAUUAAUUCACGUUAACAUACAUUCGAAAUUUAUAGUACAUUAGAAAAGAUUCAUUUAGUACUGUUGUUAUAAUUACACUAAGUGAAUUUUUAACUACUGUAGAUCGCAAAACUAUUUUUACAGUUACAAGAAAAUUUCUAUCAAAUGGCCUUAUAUUAAAACUCGAAACAUGUGUAAGAUGUAUACGCACAUGUGUAUGUGCAUAUAUUGUAUAUAAUUAAUAUUUAUAAUAUAUAUAUUAUAAUAUGCGCUUUAGACAUAAGAUUAUUUUGUAUUAGGCUCAGAUAUUGUAGAACAUAUGAAAGUUUUGUAAAGCAGGUGGUCUCUGCUUUUUAUAAAAUUCUUUUAUUUAUUUCUUUUUGUUUCUUAUUAGCAUUUUAUAUGGUGCAUUCAAAAUUCUUCCACAAACAUGCAAUAAAUCACAGCAGUAUUGAAGUUGAUUGUACAAUAAUAAUGUAAAGUUCAUUCUCUGUGAUAUUUAAAAAGAUUAAGUAAAAUUUUCUAAUGUCUA